GACAGACUAUUUACCUUCUUACAAAUCAGAUGUUAUUCCAAGGGCUUUAGGUUAAUAAUUUCAUUGAAGUUUUUAUUAAACUGUUAAAUUAAUUUGGAUUUCUUGAAUCUUCUAAAAAAUGUCUCUUCUAAAACAUUGUGUUACCGGAGGACUGAUUAACAGCUUCAAAUCUCUUCCAGCUAAUGGUAUUGCAAAGUUACCUAUUGCUGCUGGAGUUACUCAGGGCCAACGAAAUCUUCAAUCGACGACUAUUUCCAAUUAUAAAGCUAAGUAUGGAGGAAGAUUUAUGGUAACUAUGCUUCCUGGUGACGGAAUUGGCCCUGAAAUGAUGUCUUACGUCAAAACUAUUUUCAAAGCUGGAGGAGUCCCUGUUGAUUUCGAAGAACUUAAUUUAGACUCAACUCAUGAGGAUAUUGAGCACAUCGAAGAAGCUGUUAUUGCAAUCAGAAGAAAUGGAGUGGCACUAAAAGGAAACAUUGAGACACGGGAGCACAGCAGAAACUUUCGAUCUCGAAAUGUUGAGUUACGUUUACGAUUGAAUUUAUUUGCCAAUGUUAUCCAUUGUCGUAGUCAGCCUGGAAUCAACACACGUCAUAAAAAUAUCGAUAUUGUACUAAUUCGACAAAAUACUGAAGGUGAAUACAGUUGCCUGGAACAUGAAAAUGUAAAAGGAGUUGUUGAGAGUCUAAAGAUUAUCACUCAGAGUAAAUCAGAACAAAUUGCUCGCUAUGCCUUCGAAUAUGCUCGCAAAUAUAAUCGUAAAAAGGUAACCGCUGUUCACAAAGCCAAUAUAAUGAAACUUUCAGAUGGUCUAUUCUUGAAUACAUGUUCAGAAAUAGCUAAAGAAUAUCCCGAAAUUAUGUUUGACAAUAUAAUUAUUGAUAAUUGUUCUAUGCAAUUGGUAUCGAAUCCACACAAGUUUGAUGUUCUUCUAUUGCCAAACCUUUAUGGUAAUAUACUUACCAAUAUUGCUUGUGGUCUAGUCGGAGGGCCUGGAAUUACUUCAGGUCGCAAUUAUGGAAUCGAACAUGCAGUUUUCGAAACUGGAACACGGAAUACUGGUAAAUCUGUUGCUGGUAAAAACGUCGCUAAUCCGCUAGCUAUGAUAAACGCCAGUGCUGAUCUUCUUGAAUUUUUGAGAUUGGAUUAUCAUGCAACUGUGAUACGAAAUUCUAUUCACAAAGUUUUAAACAUUGAAAAAAUUCAUACACCAGAUCUUGGUGGAACCUACAAUACAACUGAUGUUGUUGAAUUUAUUAUGAAGGAUGUGCAAGCCCAAACAUCUAUUUAAAACCCAAUCUAUAAUCUCAUAAGAUUAAUCAAAUUUAAAGUUUAUCUGUAGCUGCCUACAAUUAAGUUUUGCGGUGAUUCUCUCUAUAGUCAUGCUCUCUUGAUGAUCAACCCUGAAGCUCUCUAGCCUACGAGAAAAAUGGAUCUCUCUUAUCUCAACGUCUUUGGUGCCGCUCUAAUCUUAGAUUUAGCUUCCAUUCGAGAUGAAAAAAUCUUGUACAAUCAUCUGUAAAUAAAUGAGCUCAAAUUGUUUGAAAAAUGAUUAA